AUUUUCUAUAACUGUUUUCUAAUUAGUAUUAUGUUCAAGCCAAACAGAAAUAAAACAAAAAUAACUCUUCCUCCAACAUUUAUAAUAAAGCAAAAAAGAAAAGAUCUUCAAAUUUAUGAUAAUGUCAUCUUCUAUUCACUCUUGUCCAAAUAACAGAGCACAGUCAGGAUUUACUGUCACCGUCAUUAAAAACGUCACCAUGUUGUAUAACCAGAGUUUCUUCAGAAGGGAAGAGGAGGAAAAUUAUAAAUUAUAAAAAUGUAGCUGUGAAAAGGCUAAAAUGAGCAUCUGGUCUAUUUUCCUGGUUUUACAGGGAAUACAAAGUGCAAUAUCAGUGCAUCAUUCUCUGCAGUAUAUUUACACUGCAUCAUCUGGAAUCCAAAACUUUCCAGAGUUUGUGGCUGUUGGUCUGGUUGAUGGAAACGAGGUCAUGUACUAUGACAGCAACAUCAGGGAAGCAAAACCCAAACAGGACUGGAUGAAGAGAGUCACAGAGGAUGAUCCACAGUACUGGGACUUUCAAACUCAUGAGUUAUCUAGAACCCAGAAAUCUUUUAUAGACAGUAUUGAAGUUGCAAAGCAGCGCUUCAACCAAACUGGAGGUGUUCACAUCUUCCAGAAUAUGUACGGCUGUGAGUUUAAUGAUGAAUAUGAAGAAGUUGAAGGUUGGGAAAACUUUGGUUAUGAUGGAGAGGACUUCAUCGCUUUAGACCUGAAAACAGAGAGAUGGUCUGCUCCAGUAUAUCAGGCUUCAAUCACCAAAAACAAAUGGGACAAUGACAACAGGAAGAUGGCACUGACAAAAAACUACAUCACCCAAAUUGGUCCUGAUUGGCUGAAAAAAUAUUUGGAGUAUGGGAAGAACUCUCUGCUGAAAACAGAUGUUCCCUCAGUGUCUUUCCUCCAGAAGUCUCCAUCCUCUCCUGUCUGUUGCCACGCUACAGGUUUCUAUCCCAGCAGAGCUGAAAUGUUCUGGCGGAAAGAUGGAGAGGAGAUUCAUGAUGGUGCAGAUAAACAGGAGAUUCUUCCUAACAAUGAUGGGACCUUCCAGAUGAGUAUUUACAUUGACCUGUCAUCUGUUCCUUCUGAGGACUGGACAAAACAUAAAUGUGUGUUUCAGCUCUUUGGUCUCAAAGAUGACCUUGUUAUCCAACUGGAGAAAACACAAAUACAGAGCAACUAUGAGUAUUCAUAUGUGCUCAUCAUUUCUUUGACCGUAGUUGUAAUUCUAUGUCUUGCAACUUUGGCUCUGUCUGGAUACGUUUACACGUUGAGAAAGAAAAAUGGUAAAGACAGGCGUAUGAUAAAUGCUGUGAAGCUUUGUGAGGCUCAGGAAGAAAUGCUUUCCAAAAAUGAAAUGAAGUUGUCAUUAAGGCACCGAGAUCUGGAUCGGCGUCAGUUUGAAAUGUCAUCUUGAGGAUUUUACUUAACUGGGAUUCAUAGAUUUUUGACAAGAACAUUUUUAAAUGUGAACUUUUUAAAAACAUCUGAUCACCACUUUUGAAGUAGUUCUAUUUUUAUGUUUUAUUUGAGUUUUUCUUCUAUUUAUUCAAACAUUAAUAUUAGUAACAAAAUCUGGCAUGACUUUAAUUCUUGCACAGAUACAUUUAUCAUGUCAAAAACUAAUGCUGAGGUCCAGUAGUUAUAUUUUUGUCACAUUUUUACGCAAGCGACUAUAUCUAUGUGUUCGUCCAGUAGGAGUAAAUGCUGCAAAUCAAUGACUCAACUCAAUCUGCUGGGUUUCCUUGAAACUUUUUAAACAACUUUGAAUGACUGAGUUUACUGAACUGUUCGAUAACUUGGAUCAGUUGGAAUGAUUCUUUGGUAAAGUGUCUUGAGAUUACAUUUGUUGUGACUACACCUUAUAUAAAUAAACUGAAUUGAAUUAAACUGAACUGACUGAUUUAAAGAAAUCUCCUGAGCAGAUUUAUAAAUGAAUUGAGAUUAA